GCCGGACCGGGCCCGGGCGGAGCCGAGCGGGGCCGAGCAGCACAGGCCAGCUCGGGGGGCUCCAGGCGCUCCUGGACUCGGCCUUCGCCUUCCCCCCCCUCCCCUUCCCCCGCGGGCGCCAAGCUGAGCGGGCCUGGCCGGACCGGACCCGGCUGGGCUGGGGCCGCCGAGCCUCCGCCCCCGACGGCGGUCCCUCCUUCCCCCUCGUGCCCCAGCCUGCCCGCCCAGUGCAGCCGGCUGCCUUUCAGAACCCGUUGGCAGCAGCCUUGGCGGUUUCGAGCUGGAGCCUGUCCGAGGGCCUGGGCAAAGGGCCAGAGAUUGGAUCUAGUAGCCAGAGAGGUGACUGGUGGAUAAGACGAAGGGCUGCUCACUCUGGCUGAAGAUGUUUCCCCAGAACAGGCCACCUUUGACCCAUCUUCAGGCACCACCAGUGGCCUCAGCGGCGGCUGUGCUUGUGACCACCAAUGCUUCAGCCACCACCCCCCAGACUCUAAAACUCACUUACCCAGAGACGUUGGAUCGGAUCAAGGAAGAAUUCCAGUUUCUUCAGAGCCAAUACCACAGCUUGAAGGUGGAAUGUGAGAAGCUGGCAUCAGAAAAGACUGAGAUUCACAGGCACUAUGUCAUGUACUACGAGAUGUCUUAUGGCCUCAACAUCGAAAUGCAUAAACAGACAGAGAUCGCCAAACGGCUGAACGUCAUCUGUGCUCAGCUCAUCCCCUUCCUCUCCCAGGAGCACCAGCAGCAGGUGGUCCAGGCAGUGGAGAGAGCCAAGCAGGUGACCAUGGCGGAGCUGAACGCUGCCAUUGGGCACCAGCUGCAGGCCCAGCACCUGCCCCACUCUGCGCCGCCCAUCCCGCUGACCCCUCAUCCCUCGGGCCUGGCCAGCCUGGGCAGUGCUUCAGGGCUCCUGGCAUUAACAGGGGCACUGGCAGCUCCAGCCCAGGCUGGCCCCAAGGAUGAUCGAGGCUUGCAGGACCUGGAGCACCGAGACAGAGACCCAGGCCCGAGCUCCCUGGCCCUCCCCAGUGCUGAACGGGUCCGGACCAUUUCUGAGUACCUGAGCAGCAGCAAGAAGAGGCGGGCAGAGGAAAAGGACUUUCUUACUGACUACGGCAGCGAUGCUGACAAGAGUGAGGACAACCUGGUGGUCGAUGAGGAUCCUCAAUCCCCCCAUAGUGUGCACUCUUACUCCUCGAGGGAAAAUGGGCUGGACAAGACUCCCUUGCCUCGGAAGGAGGCUAUCCCUGGCAGCCCGCCCUCUGUCUCCUCAUCCCGGAGUGCCUCGCCUGCUCGAAGCAAGGACCUGACCCCGGUGGAGAAGGCUGGGACCCCCGGCUUGAAGUCCAGCACCCCCACGUCCCAGGGAGAUGGGCUAGGGCCUGGAGGUGGUGGGAGCAGCAGCAGCAGCAGCAGCAGUAGUAGCGGCAGCAGCAGCAUGGGGACGCAGCCGUUCCGGCCCGGGCUGGGCAAGGCCACGGUGGACUCUCUGGCUCUGGGCCUCAGGAGCCCCCUGGCUGUGGCUGGCUCCUACACGGGUCCCUUUGGGAUGGGAAUGGUGCACUCAGCGGUGAAUGGAGACCUGGCCACUACGGGGGCCUACACCGGAAUCCACCUGGCCUCCUCACAACUCAAUGGGGCCGGCGCCAUGGCAGGGACAUCGGGCUAUGGCCGUCCUGCCCUGGUCAGCUAUGAUCCUCAUUCACACAUGCGGGUCUCAAGUCUCUCUGCUAACCUGCCCAGCGGCUCCUCAGGGAAACCGGCCUACUCCUUCCACGUGUCUGCUGAUGGGCAGAUGCAGCCAGUGCCCUUCCCAUCAGAUGCCCUCCUGGGCACAGGCAUUCCCAGGCACGCCAGACAGCUGCACACCCUCACCCACGGUGAGGUCGUCUGUGCUGUCACCAUCAGCAACUCCACCCAGCAUGUCUACACGGGGGGCAAGGGCUGUGUGAAGGUGUGGGACGUGGCCCAACCAGGCACCAAGACUCCAGUGGCACAGCUCGACUGCUUGAACCGGGACAACUACAUCCGCUCCUGCAAACUGCUGCCAGAUGGACGGAGCCUGAUCGUGGGUGGGGAAGCCAGCACCCUGUCCAUCUGGGACCUGGCAGCCCCCACCCCCCGCAUCAAGGCUGAGCUCACAUCCUCGGCACCCGCCUGCUAUGCCCUGGCCAUCAGCCCUGAUGCCAAGGUCUGCUUCUCCUGCUGCAGUGAUGGCAACAUUGUUGUGUGGGACCUGCAGAACCAGGCCAUGGUCAGGCAGUUCCAAGGUCACACAGAUGGGGCCAGCUGCAUUGACAUCUCUAAUGAUGGGGCACGGCUAUGGACGGGGGGCCUGGACAACACUGUUCGCUGCUGGGACCUUCGUGAGGGCCGGCAGCUCCAGCAGCAUGACUUUAGCUCCCAGAUCUUCUCCUUGGGCCAUUGCCCCACGGGCGACUGGCUGGCGGUGGGCAUGGAGAGCAGCACUGUGGAGAUCCUGCAUGUUAGCAAGCCGGACAAGUACCAGCUGCACCUGCACGAAAGCUGCGUCCUCUCCCUCAAGUUCGCCUCAUGUGGGAGGUGGUUUGUGAGCACUGGGAAGGACAACCUGCUUAAUGCCUGGAGGACGCCCUAUGGAGCCAGCAUCUUCCAGUCAAAAGAAUCCUCAUCGGUUCUGAGCUGUGACAUCUCCACGGACGACCAGUUCAUUGUCACCGGCUCGGGGGACAAGAAGGGCACUGUCUACGAAGUCAUCUACUGAUGAGGUGGUCUCCACACCGGCUCCCCCACCCCCCAGCCCGUCAGUCAGCGAUGUCCCAAAGAAUCCCUGGGGCCAGGGAGGAAGCUUGGGGGCCCAGAGGUAGGCCCCCGCCCCCACCCCAGAAUGGGAACUCUCGACAUUUUGUGUGGUCUUUGGUGUUUAUUUUUCUACUUCUUGGGUUCUGUUUUUUUGGCGGAGGGUUUGUAGGCCCCCGUCUUUAGGUUGUAUUUAAUAAAAUGCC